AUGCGCUCUAUCGGAGAGGGCUCCGGCCCUCGCCAUUCACCUGCCCAAUAUCGACCUCCCCAGCGUCCAACCCGUCUGGAUCCAGAGCCUGCUGCAUCGCCCGAGUACCGACUUCUGGAAUCAGAGCACCAAAGCCACUGGGUGAGAAACGAACGCCUCGACGCCCGUCGUCUGGACAGGCCGCUACGGUACAGGUCCUCAAACCUCACAGGGACUGGUGACCACCUUGGUGCUUCAGUUCCCUAUAUUUCGGACAGUAGACGGCAUCUGAGCAGCGAACCAGGACUCGAUAGACCAGAAGACGAGACUCAGACUGGGGUGAGCGAGGCGUGGAUGUCCCGGCUUGCAAUCGAUGUCGAAGAGCUUGCCAGGGCGAUUGAAUGCCCCCGGGAGUCUGAGCAUGAGCAGGGGGGCAAUAUUGCAGCAAUAGUGAUACUCCGGACGCCCAACUUUCAGACGCGGACCCAAACUCAGGACCAGAAUCAGGACCAGGAGCAGAACCAGGGCCACGGCGGAUGGACAGCAAGGCCACCUCUCGCUGCAACUUGGUAUCAGCCUUCGACGGGUCAGAGCUUCACUGCUUCGCCUGAAACUUCAGUUGAGUCUGAAUCUGGCUGGGAUUUCUGGGAUGAGCUACACCAGCUGGGAUGA